AUGCCACGAAAAUAUAAAAGAAAGGAAGGAGUGCGAGCUCGAGUGUGUACUUGGACUACAGAAAACCUACAGUCAGCUUUCGAAGAAAUUGACAAAAAAAACUUGGGAAUAAACGAAAUAUCCCGACGAUUUGGGAUUCCAUCAAGGACAUUGCGAAGACGAUAUGCUGCAAGAAGUACAACAAAAUUGACAAUGGAUACAACAUUUCUAAUAUCGGAUACUGCACUGGGUAGUGAAAAUCCUGGUACUUCUCGUGCGCCUGAAGUUAUAGGACUAACGUCAACAAGUCAGCCUACUAUCCAACCUGAUGUUUCCAAUGUAGAAAAUAUAGAAUUUCGUGAGUCUAUUGCGAUUAACCACCACCAAAAUAAGACACCACCAAAUCCGACUCCAAUUGACAGAGAAUCUCCUAGUCUCUUGAUUGAGUCUGAGAUUUUAGAAGAUAUUAGUAUAGUUGACAUUGGUGAUGCUACAAUUGAAGAGAUUUUAAGAAGCUAUGAUAUAGAACAAGAAACACCCUCAAAAAUUCUAAUAGAAGCGUCACCUAUUCCAAAAAUUCCUUUGACCAUGGCUAAGAGGGCGAAACAAUCAGCAAAUAUUUUGAAUUCAGAAGAAAAUAUAAGUCGUAAGAAGGGUAUGUCUGAAAAAAAAGAAAAACAAAUAAAAACUAAGUUGGACAAGAAAAACAAGACUGAAACUACCAAAGUAUUUAAGAAAACACAAAAAAGAACAACUAGACUACCAGAAAGACAAAGCAACAAAAAUAAAAAAAUAAAACUCAAUAAAACAAAUCCUUUUAGUGAAAGUGACAAUGACAAACUAGCUGAUUUGUGUGAUAAAGAAAAUGAUAAUUAUUUAAAACUGUGCAAAAACCGAGCAUCACAAAGAAGACAUAUUAUUUACAGUUCAAGUAGCGAAAAUGAAGAAAAUCGACCUAACCAUAAAAUUAAAGGAAAGAUAACUAAAUGUUUGCCCAUAAAGAAAACUAAGAAAGAUGCACAGGAUAACCCUAAAGAUACAGGUAAAGAUAAUUGUAUUGAAUGUUUUGAAAACUAUAAAAAUACGAAGUCGUUAUCCGACUGGAUUCAAUGUGUAAUGUGUCAGAACUGGUUACAUGAAACUUGUACACUUUACAAAAAUUAUUGCUCAAGAUGUGGAAAAUUAAAAGCACUAUCCGGCUAA